CCGCACAGAUCCCACGCGCCACGCACGUUCCCUUGAAAAGCUUUUGUCGCGUCAGUCGCUCAACACGCGACCCUCUGACACAAGGAACAUUGUAGGACGACAAAUUUUACGCGUUUAUAUAUAAGGCACAAGUUUGCUCCGGCCAAAAACUUGUUUGCGCGAACCUCUUUGCAAAUCAUUCGAGUUUAUUUGUAUUGCUGAAUCAGCUCUAAAGGAAUGGCAAACCGCAAGGCACGGGGGUUGACGGCCGUGGAUGAGUUCCCCGAUCUCAGCCAGCACAAGAACCACAUGGCCAAGUUCUUGACUCAGGACAUGUAUGCCACAUUGAAGGAGAGAACCACUCGCAGUGGCUUCACUAUCGACGGCGUCAUUCAGACAGGAGUUGACAAUCCAGGUCACCCCUACAUCAUGACCGUGGGCUGUGUGGCUGGAGACGAGGAGACCUAUGACGUCUUUAAAGAGCUCUUUGAUCUUGUGAUUGAGGAUAGACAUGGAGGAUACAAGCCCACAGACACGCACAAGACCGACCUCAACCCGGAGAACCUGGCGGGUGGUGACGACUUGGACCCCAACUACGUUAUGAGCUCCCGAGUCCGAACAGGCCGUAGCAUCCGUGGCUUCUGCCUGCCACCUCACUGCACCAGAGGGGAGAGGCGUGCUUUGGAGAAGCUCUCAAUCGAUGCUCUGGGCUCCUUGACUGGAGACCUGACGGGCAAAUACUACGCCUUGAAGAACAUGUCGGAUGCAGAGCAGCAGCAGUUGAUUGACGACCACUUCCUGUUUGACAAGCCUGUGUCCCCUCUGCUGCUGGCCUCCAGGAUGGCCCGCGACUGGCCCGAUGGCAGAGGAAUCUGGCAUAAUGAGAGCAAGACUUUCCUCGUGUGGGUGAAUGAGGAGGACCAUUUGCGUGUCAUCUCCAUGCAGAAAGGAGGAAACAUCAAGGAGGUGUUCACCCGUUUCUGCACUGGACUGGCAGAGAUUGAAGCCAGGUUCAAGGAAAAAGGCCGUGUAUUCAUGUGGAACGAGCACCUCGGCUACAUCCUGACCUGCCCUUCCAACCUGGGCACUGGCCUGCGUGCAGGAGUCCACGUAAAGCUGCCAAACCUGGCCAAGCACGCUGAAUUCGAGGAGAUUCUGAAGAGGCUGCGUCUCCAAAAACGUGGAACUGGUGGUGUGGACACUGACGCUGUUGAUGGAGUUUUUGACAUCUCCAACUCUGACAGAUUGGGAUUCUCUGAGGUGGAGCUUGUGCAAAUGGUGGUGGAUGGUGUUAAACUGUUGGUGGACAUGGAGAAGACUUUGGAGAAGGAGGAGAGCAUUGAUGAGCUCAUGCCUAACCAGAAAUAAGCAAAUGUUCUUUGUGUUCCCUACUUCUAAGAGUUGGGCCCUGAAUGCAGUUUCUAUAUACUGCUUUAUAACAUGUGUGGUUGGGUUGACUUGAAAUAAAAUAAGCAGGAAACUUUUUUUGUUACGUAAGUGCCGACGCCUAAAAAAAUGGUCCCUGGUUGUCACUUUGUUGGUAGGACAGUUAAUAUACGCAAAUGUACAAUGAUGUCAGGAUGGUUUACAAUGAUGUAUUGUUAGUCCAUUAAAGGGCAACUUAAGAGCUUUCCGGA